AUGCAUUAUCCACGAGAAGUUGCGAGCAACGUGUACUCUUCCAGUUAUUUUCCUAGCAAUCAUCAAAUGCCCGACGAUUUCUGGGUGGCGCAAGGAGUGUUCCCACCGUUACGUGGAGGUGGUGAAGACUAUAGCCAGCCCGAGGCCGAAGGCUACCCCCUGCCUAAUUACGACACAUAUCCUGAAGACUCCCCAGAUCUUCAAGUCACGCCGCUGUUGACAGAUGGGAGUCCUUCGGAGGGCUGGUCUGAAAGUGAGAGCUUGGGAGAAGUGACUCCUGAGAUGGCUGCUGCUCUUUUGUAUAAUGUAUGGGCCGAGGGCAACUUGAGCUCCUGUCUUGAUGCGGCUGCUCCUCUGGAUACUUCUUCCUCAGCAGGCUACGUCAACAACGACAGCUAUAGGGAUACCAUUGCCAUCGAGAAGAACGCCUGGCUUCUCAAGCUGUUUGAUGAGCAGCUUGACGAGAGCACGGGCGAACAGCAGGAUCUGGAAAAUGUUUCGCCUCAAUGUAGCCAGACCUUAUCGACGACCUAUCCCCACCCUCACUCGCAAGAAGAUGACUUUGAAUUUGACGUAAAUCACAACUUACCGGCAUAUUUUGCUCCUGGACCUGCCUCGACGACAUGCCUUCCCCAUUUUCCGACCGACGACUUCUCAUCUCCGGCCCACCCUGCUGUGGUUCAGGUGAACGUUGUGCCACGCCACGCUGUACUACAUGCUGCCUGGACGAUCCAUCAGGAUGCUCACCCUCCGUCCCAUGGCCGUCCCUAUAUGGCUCAGGCCCCCGUUGAGCCCAAUACGCAACAACAUUGGGGCCAUAUGCCACUCGUAUAUGGGGCUAACUCGUCCCUCACCAACUACGCAGCGGCCGCUCCAAUUAUGGAGCAACACGAGUGGCAUCAGCAAAUCCAAAACGUGCGACAACCACGCACUUUGGUGUCACAAAGACAUCACCCCUACCCACGAGUCCGCGAAUGUGUAGUGAAGAAUGCAAAUUCCGUAUCGAGGCCAAUAGCAUCGUCUUCGCGCCUUGUCAACAACCUCGGGUACUCCUCUACCGCCACAUACACGCUCACUCAACCCAUGGAACCCACGUUAGAAGGCGCGAACGACGAUAACGAAUGGUUUCACUGCCAGUGGGACGGCUGUGGCACGCAAUUGAAGCCGAUGACCUACGACCAAACCAUCACCCACUUCCUGGACCACGGCGUACUGGAAAACGGCAAAAUCAAAGAGUGUCGGUGGAAAGGAUGCUGUUCCCAAAGCAAGUUUCCAAUGACGCAGUCUGGGUUCAACCGUCAUGUGAGGGAAACGCAAAAGCACACUGGUCUCCAAGUAAAAAAGGUGCGCUGUGAAAGGUGCAACGAGGAAAAGGGGUCGCGGUCGAUCAAGAAGCAUCGCAAAGUUUGCUUUGGAAGGUCGGAAGCGCGGGCAGGGGGAGAGGCAAGAUCAAGUAGCGCAUAA